AUGGAGCUGGUUAGCCGAGUUGCUGGAGUGUUCGAUCCGUUGGGCACCGCCUCUUCAAUCAUCGUUAAGGCUAAGAUUCGCCUCCGAGACUUAGGCCAAAAGGGCCUAAAGUGGACGGACGUCGUCGAAGGAGAGGACCGAAGAUGGUGGGACCAGUGGUUCGAGACUGUCCUCCAGCUGAACGACGUCAAGAUGCCGCGCUGUCUCUUCCCAGAUUCCGCCAACAUCGUCUCAUCUGAAUUACACACUUUCUGUGACGCUUCCGAAGAGGCUUAUGCCGCAGUGGUCUACGUCCGAAGCGUCUAUGGUGACGGAAGCGUUGUCGUCCGGCAAGUAAAGGCGACAAACAAGUUGGCGCCAAAGAAGACCAUCUCCGUUCCAAGGCUGGAAUUGAACGCCGCUCUGCUGGGAGCACGAGUAGCCCGAGAAGUUCAAGAAGCUCUUCCAGCUCAUGUGAAACGACGACGGUUCUGGACCGACAGUAGCACGGUCCGAAAUUGGAUACGAGCCACCGCAGCUGAUUAUCAAACAUUCGUCAGCAACCGCGUCGGAGAAAUCCAAACCAUCACAGAAGAAGAAGAAUGGAGGUUCGUGCCAGGGCUGUUGAAUCCGGCGGAUGCGGCCACUCGUUCCACCCUAGACGGCGUCAAUUUUCCUGCCGUGUGGCUGACAGGGCCGGAAUUUCUUAUGCUGACCGAAAAGGACUGGCCGACUGAUCUUCCGUGGCUUGUGGUGAAAGAUGAGUCGAGGACUAGCCGCACCUUGCUUGCUUCCGUGCCGGAAUCGCCGGUCGUUUGGACCGACGUGAAGAUAGCCCCGGACGACAUUGCUGCGCUCAGUAAAAUGGACGGCCGAUAUUUGGAGUUGGUGAAGAGCUGCCAAACCGAAACAUUCGAAGAGGAGAUCCGUCGCAUCCGGAGAGGCAAGAAUUUGCCGUCUUCAUCGAACAUUCUGGCCCUAGCACCAAUUUUAGAUUCCGGCGGAAUUCUUCGACUCGGUGGUCGAGCCGGGCGGGCGCAAUUGCCCUACGACCAGUUGCAUCCGCCGUUGUUAUCCGGAAAGCAUCCUUUUGCCGCGACGGUGGUCCGUGCGUUCCAUGAACAUUUAAAGCACGUUGGAACAGAUUUCUUGUUGGCGUACGUCCGUCAACAUUAUUGGAUCACCAACGGCCGUGAGCUGGUGAAAAGAAUACGCCGUGACUGCGUCAUCUGCCGACGGAAUAGGGCCAAACCAGGAGAGCAGCUGAUGGGAAACCUGCCGAAAGCUCGACUGGAUGCUGGAGCGUUGCCGUUCACUCGGACAGCAAUCGAUCUGUUCGGGCCUAUAGAAGUCGGUCUCUACCGUAACCGCACGGCCAAGCGAUGGGGAGUACUCUUCACAUGUUUAGUGACGCGAGCUGUUUUUCUUGAGUUGGUGCCUUCUCUAUCCAGCACGGAUUUUCUGCUAUCGUUGAGGAAGUUCAUCGCUUUGUACCGCCAGCCGGCGGUUAUUCAUUCGGAUAACGGGACGAAUUUCGUUGGUGUGGAACGUGAGCUACGUGAAGCCGUCGAGGCCCUACACGCCUCCGGAGAGGUUCCCGUUUUCAUGGAGAAGGCAGGGAUUGAUUGGAAUUUCCAGCCUCCACGUACACCCCACUUUGGCGGCGCUCAUGAGUCGUUGGUCAAAUCGACUAAACGCGCCCUUUACAACGCACUGGAGAUAGAAGGAAAGAGUCUGCGUCACCCAACGGAAGACGUCUUGAGGACUCUUUUAUAUGAAGUCGCUGGUUUAUUGAACACCAGGCCGCUCACAUAUGUGAGCUCCGAUCCCGAGGACUUCCGGCCGCUCACACCGAACGACUUCCUUAAAAGAUCGCCGACCGCCUUCCCGCCAGCUGGAUGUUUCGAUGAUGCAAGCCCUCGUGAACAUUAUCGCUAUCUACAACGGCUGCUCAACUUAUUCUGGGAUAUCUGGAGGUCAGGGUAUCUGCAAUCUCUGGCCGCCCGCAAGAAAUGGAAGGUGCAGCGGCCAAACUUCACGGUGGGAGAUAUCGUUCUCGAGAUAAAUAAGACACUCGGCCGCGGACAGUGGAACAUCGGACACAUAGUUCAAGUUUAUCCUGGGUCAGACGGCUGUGUCCGAGCAGUCGACGUCCAACUACCAACUGGAAUCUUCCGGCGAGGAAUUACCGAAUUAUGUCUUCUGGAAUCCAGCUCGGCCGGCGAGCCGGCCUCGGGGGAGGAUGGAUCGGCGAAAGCGCACCCCGUCUGA